GUCGCUUUGAUACUGACGUUCUGACUGACAGCUGCGAUCUAUCUGACGGUCCAUUCGCGCACAGAUGAGCAAGAAGACUACUAUCUUGCCAACAUGCGAGACCAGGGAGGAAGCGCUGUCCGGGCAGGUUGCAGGGCUCGAGACUGUACCUCUGCGGUCUAUCGAGGACAGUAAGACUGUCAUGGCUUCUCUCAUCAGAUCCAGGCAGAGAUGGACGACCGCCGUCCUUGCUAAAUUCUCUACAACCUCGAAAGCCAAAAACGCUGUCAAGAUACCCCAGCCGAGCCACACGAUACUGCCGGCCGGAAGAUGCGAUCUGAUCAUUGGGCCCCAUCGCUUUCCUGCGACGCGCUUGUACUCUGUCAGAUGGGGACCGCCGCAGCCCACGAACAGCCAAGCGCGUCCGGUACCGACGCUUCCGCCGAUACCUUCCUUUCAGAGUGUCUUGCUCGCAGGCCCUGCCGCACCUUCCCCGCCGGCCGUCAUCUCUACAGAACUCAUCGCAGAACUCAACAAAGCAUCUCUGUCGGACGCCGUACUCGCGUCUGUGCUCAAGUUAGCCGCAGCAGGCCAGGCUAGCGAAUCACAGCUCGCAGGACUAGCUAGAUUGAUAAGCAUACUUGGCAAAAGGCUCGAGCAGGCUAGAGCGCGGCCUGUCUCUUCUACUCCCGUUGCCACCUCGAGUCCUGUCUCUAGAGCGCCCUCCACCCUCGCAAGCACUGAGCCAUUGUCGGAAACAAAGACAUCGCUCACUGCCACUGCACCUCUUGCUGGUCCUUCUCAGCCUGCUGCAGUUCCUGUACCGCAACCCUUACUGCAGCCCGCGCCAGUACAAACAUCUGCGCCCGAGCCGAUCAAAUGGUCACUGCUGCUCGAAUUCAAAGACGCGUCAACUGAUCAGUUUCUUGUACCGCCGGCGUUCACGUAUUGCGUUGCUCGCUUGCCUCAUGGCGAUGCCAAUGACGGCCUCGUCACCAUCGAAGUCUUCAUUAAUGCAGAUACAUGCACUCAGCCUACUCCCAGCUUCGUGAAGCCGCCCGAUCCGCUAGCGUCACCCGAUCAAGUCAAAGCGCCGUACGCCAAAGCAAAAACGAAAGCCAAGAAUGCUCAAAAGGCGUGGAAGGCCAAGCUAGAGCUCAUCAAUGUGACGAGACACACCAUAGACGCCAUUGCUCGCGCACAGGCGACGCACGAUCCUGCAAAGGAGACUGUGCAGCUCGUCGCCGCACCCAGAUUCUACCUGCGUCAUCGUCUGAGAACGGAUGAGCACCCGCCUGUGACCGCAGAGACGGGCAACGCUCUCGUCAAUCUCUCAAAGCGCAAGCCGACAGACAGCACACCCGGUGUGACCAAGAAGCCUCGAACUGCCUUGCCCAAGCCAAAGCCAAAUGCCGCUGUUCAACCUCUUGCAAUCGGUCCAGCACGACCAACAUCAACAUAUUCCGCUCCGAUUGGCAUUCCUGGCAAUCAGGCGCUGACCGCUACUGCUGAAGCAUUGCCGAGACCUGCAAUUUCGCUCGAUGCACUUGCGAGUCGUCAAGAAGCACGGAAUCAAGCACCGAGUACACCUAAUUCUCCUGCCACCCCUACAGCGUCUAUGCAGUGACCUCACGCUCGACAACAUAGCUCUGCACUGCGCAGCGCACGGCACGAAUGAACUCUUGGACUUCCUCUGGCGUCUUGGCGCAAAAGUCAAAGUAGAAGAUUCGGCCGUCAGAGAUCCGCACGAACUGAUCUUGAGCGCCAAACAAGCUGAUGGAGUCUGGCUCCGCCGCCAAUGUGACCAAUCUGAUCACUGUAAACAGCGAGACUUGCUGGCCUGCCGGCUGAAGCAAUACGAGUAUGUCAUUGCAAAGCAGAAGCACGAGAUCACGCUGCUCUUCUUGGGUUCUUAGCACCU